GGCAGGCGCCAUUUUGGCCCCAGAGGUGCUUCUGGGAAGUCGAGCGCCGACGCGCACGCUUGCCUGCCUCCCGGUUACGGCGUCUUCUGUCUGGGCUUCUAGGUCGAAGUGUUCGCGUUUGCAGCUGCUGUUCUACUCAUCUCACCCUCUAGACAGGCGGGAGCCUUUGAGCACCGGGCCGCGCCAUCGGAGUCGCACCGCGGGGAAGGAGGUGACGGGGGCGGCGCGGCGCGCGGACACUCCCCGCCGAGAGCCCUCCUGGCAUGGACUCAGAAUAUUACAGCGGCGACCAGUCAGCAGAUGAUGGUGGCGCUACCCCAGUACAGGAUGAACGGGAUUCAGGGUCAGACGUUGAGGAUGAUGUAAAUGAGCAGCACUCUGGAUCAGACACUGGAAGUGUAGAACGUCAUUCAGAGAAUGAACCUAGUGAUCGAGAAGAUGGUCUCAACAAAAGACAUCAUGUGACGGACUCUGAGAAUGAUGACCCCUUAAAUCUUAAUGCUAGUGACUCUGAAAGUGAAGAGCUUCAAAGGCAAAAGGACAGUGACUCUGAAUCUGAAGAACAUGGAGAACCUCCUGCAAGUGAUUCUGAAAAUGAGGAUAUCAAUCACCAUGGGAGCGACUCUGAGAUUGAGGAGACGAGGAAAUUACCUGUUAGUGACUCUGAAAAUGAGGAACUUCUUAAUGGGCAUGCCAGUGACUCAGAAAAUGAAGAUGUUAGAAAGCAUCCUGCCAGUGAUUCAGAGGUUGAAGAGCUCCCAAAAAGUCCUGCCAGUGACUCUGAAACAGAGGAUGCUCUAAAACCUCAGAUCAGUGACUCUGAGAGUGAGGAACCUCCAAGGCACCAAGCCAGUGACUCUGAAAACGAGGAGCUUCCCAAACCUCGAAUUAGUGAUUCGGAAAGUGAGGAGCUUCCUAAACCUCAGAUCAGUGACUCAGAAAGUGAGGAGCCUCAGAGGACUCAGGCUAGUGACUCUGAAAAUGAGGAACUUCCCAAACCCCGUAUCAGUGACUCAGAGAGUGAGGACCCACCAAGACACCAAGCCAGUGACUCUGAAAAUGAAGAGCUUCCCAAACCUCGUAUCAGUGACUCAGAAAGUGAGGGUCCCCCAAGGCACCAAGCCAGUGACUCUGAAAAUGAGGAGCUUCCCAAACCCCGAAUUAGUGAUUCUGAAUGUGAGGAUCCCCCAAGGAACCAGGCCAGUGAUUCUGAAAAUGAGGAGCUUCCCAAACCUCGAGUCAGUGACUCUGAGAGUGAGGAGCCUCAGAAAGGACCUGCCAGUGAUUCAGAAACUGAGGGAUCCUCCAGACACAAACAGAAGCCAGAGUCAGAUGAUGACAGUGAUGGGGAGAAUAAGGGAGAAGAUACAGAAAUGCAGAAUGACUCCUUCCAUUCAGACAGCCAUAUGGACAAAAAAAGGUUUCACAGUUCUGACAGCGAGGAGGAAGAACCCAAAAGGCCAAAACUUGACAGUGAUGAAGAUGAAGAAAAAAAGGGGGAAGAGGAGAAAGUAGCAAAGCGAAAAGCUGCUGUGCUUUCUGAUAGUGAAGAAGAGAAAGCGUCAGCAAAGAAGAGUCGUGUUGUCUCUGAUGCAGAGGACUCUGACAGUGAUGUUACAUCAGACAAAUCAAGCAAAAGAGAGAAGACUGUAGCAUCCGACAGUGAAGAAGAAGCAACAAAAGAAUUAUCCAAUAAGAAAAAUGAAGAGAAGGAUUUGUUUGGGAGUGACAGUGAAUCAGGGAAUGAGGAAGAAAAUCUUAUUGCAGACAUAUUUGGAGAAUCUGGUGAUGAAGAAGAAGAAGAAUUUACAGGUUUUAACCAAGAAGAUUUGGAAGAAGAAAAAAGUGAAACACAAUUAAAAGAAGCAGAAGAUUCAGAUUCUGAUGAUAACAUAAAGAGAGGAAAACAUAUGGACUUUCUGUCGGAUUUUGAGAUGAUGUUGCAGCGGAAAAAGAGCAUGAGCGGCAAGCGCAGACGUAACCGUGAUGGUGGUACUUUUAUUAGUGACGCUGACGAUGUCGUGAGCGCCAUGAUUGUCAAGAUGAAUGAAGCUGCUGAGGAAGACAGACAGUUGAACAAUCAAAAAAAGCCAGCCCUUAAAAAAUUAACAUUAUUACCUACUGUGGUUAUGCACCUUAAGAAGCAGGACCUUAAAGAAACAUUUAUUGACAGUGGCGUGAUGUCCGCCAUCAAAGAAUGGCUGUCACCUCUACCAGAUAGGAGUUUGCCAGCACUGAAGAUUCGAGAGGAGCUGUUGAAGAUUCUCCAAGAGCUACCUAGUGUGAGCCAGGAGACCCUAAAGCAUAGUGGGAUCGGACGAGCAGUGAUGUAUCUUUAUAAACACCCCAAGGAGUCAAGGUCCAACAAAGACAUGGCAGGGAAACUAAUCAAUGAGUGGUCUCGGCCUAUAUUUGGUCUUACCUCAAACUACAAAGGAAUGACAAGAGAAGAAAGGGAACAGAGAGACCUAGAACAAAUGCCUCAACGACGAAGAAUGAGCAGCACUGGUGGUCAGACACCCCGAAGAGACCUGGAAAAGGUGCUGACAGGAGAGGAGAAGGCUCUUAGACCUGGAGAUCCUGGAUUCUGUGCCCGUGCGAGGGUCCCAAUGCCCUCAAACAAAGACUACGUUGUCAGGCCCAAGUGGAACGUAGAGAUGGAGUCAUCCAGGAUGAAGAGAAUGGCACAAAGAGAACAAGAUGUAGCAGACCCAGAAUUCAAGCACGGGUCUCCUGAUUCCAGAACCCGUGUGCUUUCCUGGCCACCUUAUCAGUUGGAUCUAUUCCAUAUGGAGUAUAUGAUAGCUUUUAUUGUUCAGAUUUUUCAUUUUUUGGCUUUUAUCUUCUCAUCAUUCCUUUUUUACUGAGGAAGUUAAAGAGAAAACCAUGAGGACGAAUGGCUGGAGUGGCCCAGGCAAAGGCCCUUUUGCAGAGAUUAUGGAAGCUUCGAGAGAAAAUUCACUGUGAAAGGGGUACCAGCUUGACAGAGCAUGCCCAUCUUCCCAAGAAGAUAGAAUGUUGGAGGAAAACUGUAGUUCCAGGUAUGUCUGUACCCAGCCAGCUUGGAGGUAGGUUUGCUCCUUUGGGAGAAAGGGCUAUAGGUGUGAAGUGAAAGCUGUGUCAGUAGAUGCUGUAACAUUGGAGUCCAAAAAGUUUUGCUGUGGAACAGCCACAAUGUAAUGCAUCCAGAAGAAAUGUUCUCACCUCAUAAGAGAAGGUCUCUGGCAUUGAGGCACAGUGGUGGCCUGGAUCCACCAGGCAUGGUGGAAUCCCAGAAUUGCAGCUCCUGGCCAACCCACCUAAGGGAUGGUGACAGGAGUAGAUCUCCCCAGUGGGGCUUAUCUGUGGAACCAUCUGGUGCUGAAGCUGCAAAAGCUUGACCUGCCUAGCCAUAGCAACCCAUUUAGGAUUAUGUGCACACCUUUAGGGAUCCUAGAAAUACUUGGGAGGAAGGGUGUUCCUUGGGGUGGACUUCCUACAUUUGCAUAGAUGAGAUCUCAAAGCCUUUGGGAUUCAAAGAUUAAUAUGAAACAACUUCAUUUGUACUCAUGGCUGAUUAAGGCUAGAAAAAUUUUCCUUCCUGCUACAUUCUAAAAUAGGUAAAUGGACAGGCUUUUCAAGAUGCUCAAGAAACUAAUCAAUUAGUAAUUGCUUGCCUUUUCAUUAAGGAAUGAUUGAUCCCCACAUGGCCCAUGAUCUAUACUCCACAGAGCCCAUAGCUCCCCUCCCCCACAGCCUCUCUAGUCUCAUGUCAUGCCACUCUUCUCCUCACUCGCUCCACUCCAGCACCCACUGGCCAGCUUCUUGUUUGUCAUAUGUACCUGCACAUUCUCUCAUCAGGGGCUUGUGGUUGGCUGUUCUCUUGAUCUGGAUUAUACUUCCCUGCCCUGUCUCCUCAAUAUCCAUGCACCUUACUCCCUGCCUCCUUCAGGUCUCCGUUCAAAAGCACCUUAUCUCUGAGGCCUUUCCUGAACUUCUUAUAUGAGAAAGCAAUACCUGCCCCUGGCUUUGUACCUCUUACUCUGUUUUAUUUUCCCCUAAACCACUUCACACCAUCUAACUUAGUGUAUAUAGUUGCUUGUUUGCUUAUUGAGUGUAUCCUCCUCAAUAGAAUGGGAGCUCCAUGAGGGCAAGAACUCUACCUGUUUUAUGCACUGAUGUCUUCUCAGCAACCAGAACAGUGUCUGUCACAUAGUACACACUCAAUAGAGCUGGUUAAUAAAUGGCUCCUACUUCAUUCAUUCAUUCAUUCAUUCAACAAACACUGAGCCCUACCAGGUGCCAGAUGCUGCUGAAUAGCAGAGAAACAAAGAUGAACAAGAUAGCUUCUGCCCUUAAUUAGGUCACAAUAUAAGGAAGGACACAGAUGAGCAAACCUAACUAGAAAUGCAUUGUCUUGGAUUUCAUUGGGGGCACAACAAGAGAUUAGGGAUAGCUCCAUGGAGGGGGAAAUGUUAAGUUGACUCAUGGAAGGUGAGGAUGACUACAACUGUUAACAUUUUUUGAGUGCUUACUAUGUACCAUCUCUCUACUAAAUAUAGCAACUUAAAUAUAGUAUUAUUUAAAGCUGUAAUACUUUGAUGACAUGAGUGCUGAUAUGGCUUUUCUAUUAGGGAUGAGAAGGACCCUGAAGGCCACUACACAGAGAGGUCGUGGGGAUGAAAGUGCCCAGAUCGGUCCCCAGUACACAGAAGGUGCUUAAUAGGUGGGGCUACUUCAUUGUGAUUACUCUCCAAUUGCCUAUGUGUUUUCAAUCUAACAGCUUCAUUUAGCACUGGAUUUGCUGAUAUGUGGCUUUGUAUUUCCUUUACCUCAGUUCGGUAAUACAAAGAGUAUGUGCUCAGGCUCUGGAGUUUGACCAGACCUGGCCUCAAUCCUGGCUCCACCAGCUCACUUUUUUACUUGGUAUAAGGAGGUUUCCUAAUUAGUCCCUGUGGGAUAAUGAUGGCACCUACCUUAUAGAGGUGUUGUUAGUAGAAAGAUCAUGCACAAGAACUGCUUGGCAUGUGGUAAACACUCACAUAUUGGUACCCAUCGUGUUGACUCUCACCACCCUGAGUAUACUAUUCCAAAACUGGGCACUUGACAUUGCUCAAAAUAUUUAACAAAUCUUGACAUUAUCUUUGGAGUACUUUGAAUAAUAAGAAACUUUUUUCUUUCAAGAAAAAGCAAGUUUCAAGGAAGAGUGAUAAGUUAUUCAGAACCAAAUCUGCUGAUUGAAGUAACCGAUGAAUCAAGAAAAUUGCCUUCAGGGUCCAAAACGAUGUGUUUCUUGUAACCCAAGGAGGUGCAUCCAGAAGCGGCCUUCCAGCAGGGUGGGUGGCAGCCAUGCUGAGGGGUGAUCGCCCAGCCUUUGGAAGCGCUGCUUGGUUCUACACCCAGUCACCCUUGGGUGGUUUUUACAUUAUUAUACUUUUUAAUUGGAAAGUAAAACCUGCUCAUGGUUAAAAAGGAAACAGUUUAAAGGGUAAAUCACUGUUUCUACUCUUAUGUGAGCAUACGAAACUAUGUAUGGUCCCUUUUAAAAAAAGCAAAUGGGGCCCAGCAUACAUACUGUUCUGCACCUCCUCUUCCCACUCUCCACAAUUCUAAUCAAGCUCUUCAGAGGGGACAACUGUUACAGACAGCCAUCCACAGAGAGGCAUGAGACACAAGAAAGGCCAAUGGUCUCUACCAGUGGAGUGAGCAUGGGGCAUAAAGGAGCCACAUGGCACAUAGCUCAGCCCAUCGCCCAUAUUCAGACACUCCAGCUUCUGUACGAGGAGAGACCAAAGUGUUCAAUGGGCUGCGCUGGGUGCAGUACUCCUAGCAAUAGAGUAUGCCCUUGACGAAUGUUUUCCUAAGGCUUAUAUUUUUAACAACCCCUGGUUGGGGGCUAAUAGGCUACUUGGUCAGGGCUUUAGCAUAAUCAAGGCUGGAGAAUGCGAAGCUGAGACCUGUGGGGGUGGGGAAGAGAUGGGGGGAAAAUCCAUUGGCUCCUACUCCCCCCACCCCAAUCUUUGAUCUUCGUGGAUCAGACCUCUGCUUAUAUCCAGCAAGACACAGAGGAAGCGCAAGGCAAUGCCAAAGCCAGGGAGCUCCCAGCUACUAGAGUGGCGAGCCUCCUGAAGUGGGGCAGACCCCAGAACUCUGGGAUGGGCCACCCUAUCCCUGUUCCUGGAGGACACGUAACAGGUUGAGGCAUUUAGCCAUCACGGGGUUACAAAAAUGGGUUGCAAAGGCUAAUAUGAUUGAGGAGUUAACAAAACAGCUUUCACAGCCUUUAGGCACACCACAGGUUACACAGUCAGAGCAGGGCUCUUUACCACAAAGCAGAUGCUGCAAUGGGCAUUACAAAUUAACAUUGCUUGGGUUUUCACCAAUUCCUUCGUCCUACGACAGUAGCUAGCAUAGAAAGACACAAUGGGCUUUUAAAACCAGGGCUUUUGAUAGAACUUGCAGGACAAGUUCAUAGAAAAUCUGAUCCUAUUUACCUUCCAUUCAAUCUUGAUGAGGACUUGACUUGAACCACAGACUCAGACUAUCCUCAGCCUGUUUCUGCUCAUUAUCCAGCAUAAGCUAAGCAAAACACCACCAUUAUCUAGAGAGAGGUGCUGUCAAUGUCUGCCUAUGUACUUUGCUUCUCUAAAGGCACAGAACAAACUAGAUCUGCUUUUGACACCUAGGAGAUGAAACUAAUCACCCCCAGACUGAGCAAUACUGUUUGGAUUAUACCCAGAAGAUCCCCUGCUGCUGGCUGCAGAUGACUCCUGACUUUAACCCCUACUCUGUUGCAUUGUCCCUACCUUACCUGAGAAGUUUCUGUCCUUGCCAAUGUCAACUACAUAUCCACUGGUGGGUCACCACAUAGCCCCAGAUUACUUAUUGGCUGCUGAAAGGAGUGAAGCCUGCACAUUUAACAUACCUCGCUAAAUGUUUUAAAGAAUACCGGUGACAUGCAUCAAAGGGACCAUAAUAACACUACAGACUAAGCAGAUUGAACAAGUCAAAAUCUUCUCCUUUUCUGAUCUAUUCUCCUGAAAGAUGGGCCUACAAACAGGCUUUGAAAUCCUAGUUUUUACCCUUAUAGGAUUCUUUAAAAUUCCUUGUUGCUGAAUCCAAACUCAGGCGUUUUGAAUUAACAUAUCACAACUUAAAUUAUAAAACAACAUGGGCCGAGGGGAUAGAUUGUUAUAUUAUGAGCCAGAGGUAGCCUCUUUAUAUUGGCCCUAUGUUUACUUCUUCGUAGCAGACCUUUAAGUUCCAAAGCCCGCUGGUGUGAAACCCAAAUUUUACAUAUCCAAUAGUUUAAAAAUAACUCAAAUAAGCAGAAGACUUUUAGCCAUUUAGAGCCUGCCUGCAUUGCCACAGGAAACUACACCCAACAUCUGCUAGCCAGAGGUUUUUAAAAACCAAGUAGCUAUAAAAGAUCCCAAGCUGCUGCUGCUUGCUCUUCAGUGCUCUGUAUUUCAGAGACUCCCAAACAUGUUGCUGAGUGACACCAUCUAGACAUGUAUGCUCUCUCUGAUCUCCCUCUCUCUGAAAGUUUCCUUGCCCUCCUCCCUUCUGGGUGGAUGGUCUACUGUGAAGGACAUCCCCACAGCAACCUGUCCAAGGUGCCCAAAUAAAGCUCUUUGUAUGCCUAUGUGA